AUGAAGAAAAAGAAAGUUAUAAAAUUAAAGGAGGGUUAUGUGCCUCAAAGCAGUUACUUUACGAAAGACGCCCUACUUACGAAUAUUUUUCAACAGAGUAGUGAGAAUUUUGUUUCAGAUGUCGAAUGUAAGAAUUCUCAGCUCAUAGUAAAUUGUAUUAACAAGUUACAUAAAAAGAAUCUUCAAACAAAACUAAAAGCUAUAAAUGAAUUAAUGUCAUAUUUAAGUAAAUAUGACGAAGAAACAGUAUCUUAUUUAUUUUCAUCUUUUUUAAGUGUUUACAAAAAAUUAAUAUAUCAUCCAAAUUAUAAUUUGAGAGAAAGUUUAAAUGUGUGCUUGAAACUUUUCAUAGAGAAAAUAAAGACCAAGAUAAAAAAACACAUAAAUGUAUUUUUGCCUCCAUUGUAUAUAUCUUUUUUUGAUUAUAAUAAAAAUGUUAAUAAAGUUUCGAGCGAUAUCCUUUCAAUGCUGUUUCCUUUGAAGGAAGACUUGCAAAGAAGAGAAGAAAAAGGAAAAGAAGAAGAAGAAGAAGAAGAAAAAAAAAAAAAAAGAGAGAAUAAAAACAAACUAAAACUAUAUAAUGAAAAUAAACUAUAUUUGAAUAUAAAAAAAUUAAAUAUUAAUAUAACAAAUUUUUAUAAUUGUUUAAUAUAUAUAAAAAAUGAUUUAGAUGAAGAAGUAUUAAAUUAUAUAAAAACUAAAGAAAAUUCUGAUGAUUAUGAUAGAAGUGUAUAUUUAUUUAACGUAUUAUGUUUAUAUCCUUCUUUAUUAUAUAUGAUAAUAAAAUUUUGUAAAAUAAAUAUAAUAAAAGAAUAUAGAAAUGACAACAACAAAAAUAAGGAAGAUAAAAUUAUUAAUAAUAAUAUGGAGGGUAAUAUAGAAUAUCUUGAUAAUCAUAAUAAUGAUAAGUAUUAUUUAAAGAAUGAUAUAUUUAAAUCCAAGAUUGUCGAGAUUUUUAAAAUAGAAUAUAAUAAUUUUUCAAACACUUAUAAUUCUUUUUUUAUGAAUUUAAAUAGUAUUUAUAAAGAAAAUAAAGAUGAUGUAAGGAUACAAAAAAUGUUAUAUUUAUGUGUUUAUAAUAUUAUAUAUUUAUUAAAAAAAAUUAAAAUAAAUUUUAUGAGUUUACAUAAUGAAAAUAUUCAAGAAUCAUUAUGUAAUUAUAUUUGUUGCAUAAUAAAUAAUAAAGAUGAAUAUAUAUAUAAAACAAUUAAUCAUUUAUUAUUACUUUUAUUUUUUAUUGAUAAUAAGAAAAUAAUAAAAGAAAAUUUUUUGAAGAAUUAUUUGUCCUUAGUAAAACAAAACAAAAUAUAUUCAAAUGAUGUUUUUAAUUAUAAUAUAUGUUUGUUUAUAUUUUUAUUUAAAAAAGACGAUAUACAAGAAUAUUUUUUUUUCUUUUUUUUCCUUUUCUAUUUUUUAUUAAUAAAUAAUCAUAAAUCAUCUAUUGUUAUUUAUUACGAUGUUUUAUUACAUUUAUAUGAUUAUUUUUUAUUUAUAAGUUUAAAAGAAAUACAAAAUUGUGAGAAUGAAGUAACUGAGACGAUGACAAAUAAUGAUAUAACUCAAGGGUUUUUAGUAGAUGAUAUGAAGGACAUACAAAACAAUAUCAAAAAUAUGAAUAAUAAAAACAUGGAAGAGAAAAAUAUAAAAGUGUCGAAUAGUUUGAAAGAAGAAAAUAAUAAAAAUAAUAUAUUUUAUAUGAAUGAAAAAUAUUGUUCAUACGUUUUAUGUGCACAUAUAUUAUUAUUACCCUUAGAAAUCAUAUUAAUACAAAAGAAGUUAUUAAAUUGUAAUUAUAGUUAUAAAAAUAAAUUUCUUUAUGAAAAUCUGAUAAAUAGAUAUUAUUGUAAUAAGAAAAAAAAAAUAAAUCAUAAAAAAGAUGUAAAGGAAAAAGACAAACUUGAUGAUUUAAAAAAAAAAAUAAAGGAAGCAAAUAUAGAUGAAAAACAUUUCUUGUUAACAUUUAUAAAUUUUUUAAAUUCAUCAAAAAAUAAAUAUAACAUAAUAUUUAGUUCUCUUGAUUUAAUAAGUGUAUAUGUAAAUAAUAUGAACGAUGAAUUAAAUAAAACCAAUACAAAUGAAAACCAAAAAAAUAAUAAUAUAUGUAAUGCUGAUAAAAAGGAAGAAAUAUUAAAAGAUGAAAAGAAUAAAAAAAUAUAUAAUGACACACAUAAUAUUACUAAUAAUAAAAAUGUGAGUCAAACAGAAUAUGUAGAAUAUUAUGAAGUGAUAGAUUUUUUAUUUCAUUUUUUUUCACAGAUUAAAAAUGUUCUCUUUAUUAGUGAUAUUUCUUGUGAUGAAAAUGUUAUAGUAAAAACAAGACAUAAAUAUAUAUCUACAUUAAAUGUUAUUUUUAUAAAUACUUUUAUGUUAAUAAAAAAUAAUCAUCAUAAAUUAAUGAGCAUAGUUAAAAAUAAUAUAUUAUUAUUAAAAUUUUUUUUUUCUCAAAUGAAAGAGCAACCAUCACAAUUAUUAGAAUCAUCACAGUUAUUACAAUCAUUAUCGUUAUCAUCGUUGUCGUCAUCUUCCUUCUCUUUGAAUAUAAUUUUUGAUAUUAUCAACAAUACAUUGAGAGAUAAAAAUAUAAAUAAAGAUGUAUAUUUUGCUUCCAUAAAUGUUGGUUUAAAUAUACUUUAUAUGUUUUUUGUUAUUUUUAAUGGGUCCUCAUAUUAUGAUGAGCUAGCCAAAAUGUUUUUUUCGAUUAUCUUUUGUGAACCCUUAGACGAAGACAAGGUCGAAGAAAAAUUCAAAACCUGCAUAUAUGUACUUCAAUUUAUGAAGAGAGAAAAUGUAAAGUUAUUAGAUCAGUCAUGUGAUAUUUUAAAAAUUUAUUAUCAUUAUAUAAUGAAUAAAUCAAAGGAUGAAGAAUUAUUAAAAACCUUUUACGAUUUAAUAUAUGAAGAUGAGAAAACAAAUAGAAAUAAAUUAUUUUUUGAGAAACAAUUUUAUAUCGAUUUGUUUUAUAUUCAUAAAAAAUAUAUAUAUUUAACUCAAUCAUUGCCUGACAUAACAUUUUGUAGUUUCUUUUGUAAAUUAUUUCUAGAAAAGGUUUUUAGAUGUGAUGAUAUGGAUGACAGUAAUUAUGAUUGCACAGAUGAUAAUACAAAUAACAAUAAUUUGUAUAUAUAUCUUUUGUUGUUAAUAUUAUUAAGAGUAGAUUUUAAUUAUGGUCAAAGGUUUUCUGAAUUAUUUAUGGUUUUAGAUAAAAAAAUAUUAUUAAGAUAUCUAGAGGUGUUACGUGGAAUAUAUAAAAGUUGUAAGGAUGAAGAAGGUGUAAGGUAUGACAAUCGAAGAAAAGAAAAAAAUAUAUUACAUAAUAUUGUUAAUGAUAUAUAUAGUGAAGACUUUCAGAGUGAUGAUAUAUAUAGUGAAGACUUUCAGAGUGAUGAUAUAUAUAGUGAUGACUUUCAAAGUGAUGAUAUUUAUAGUGAUGCCUGUCAUAGUGAUGAGCUUUAUAGUGAUAAUGAGUUAAGAACUGAAGAGGAAGAAGGUUAUUUAUUUCUUCUGAAAAUAUAUAAAUCAGAGAUUUAUUGUGGCAUAGAUUAUGAAUAUGAUAAUAUUGAAAAGAACAAUUUAAAGAGAGAAGACAAUAUGAAUAAUAUUAAAAAUGAUGAUAAUAAUUGUAAUGAUAAUAAUUAUAAUGAUACUAAUCAGUCGUGUGAUAAUGUUGAAGAUGGAGAGAACAAUUUUAGUGUGUCAUUUGAAAAGGAUGAAAAUAUGAAGAAUAUGAAGAAUAUGAAGAACAUCAAUUAUAUAUUAAAUAAUAAAGAGAAAAAACAAAUAGAACAAUAUGUUUUUAUAAAAAGAAAAAAUAUAUUAAGUUCAAUUUAUAAUAAUAGAUUAUUAUUAUUGUAUAAAAUAUAUCAUAAUAUAUAUGACAUAUUACCUUUUACACAUGUAAUACAUUGCACAUAUUAUUUUUGUUUAGAUGUGGAUGAAUCGAACGAUAAUAAGACAAUAACAAAAGAAAUGUUGUCACCUUUAAAAGAGGAUAGCAAAUUAGAAGAUUCGUUUUUUAAUUAUAUAUAUAAAAAUAUAAAAUCUAAAAAGUUAUAUAAGUUUCUUAAAAAUGUAUAUAUAAAAGGAAAAAAUAUAAGUGAAAAAAAAAAUAUAAAUGAAAAAAAUUUAAGUGAAAAUUAUAUAAGUGAAAAAAAUUUAAGUGAAAAUUAUAUAAGUGAAGAAGAUCAAAAGGAAAUGGGUUUAUAUAAAAAAUAUGAUAAUUUAAAUUUAUAUUUUAUUAUUUAUAAAUAUAUUAAAAAGAACAGUGUGUUGAGAUGUGUAAGGAAAAAAGUUAUAUCCGAAAUAAUGAUGAAAAGAAAUAAAGAUAAUAUUAGUUUUUAUAAUAUUAUAUAUGUUAUGAAAAACAUAGAAGAUUAUAAAAUAUUUAGAAUAUGUAAGUCUUUAUUAAAAUAUAUGAAUGAUAAUAAUUAUAUCUCUUUAGAUGAGAUAUUAUAUUAUUUAAAAGAUAUAAAUAUGAAAAAUAAUAUAUAUUUAAAAUUGAAGAUUUUUUUAUAUAAAGAGUUUAUAAUAAAAAAAAUACUUGUGUUGAAAAAUCUGCAAUAUAUAGAAAAGGACAUUAUUAUAAAAAAUGAAGAUAAAGAAAAGAAUAUAAAUAAUAAAUGCAACAAGGAUAAUGAACAUAUAGAAGAUAAUAAAGAUAGUAUGAUCAACGUGGAAACAAUAAAUGAAACAAAUAACUUAUUGUUAUAUAAUAAUAAUGAUAAUAGUAAUUGUUGUGAUUAUAUAAAAAUAUUAGAAUGUAUUAAAGAUUAUGUUCCAGAUUAUUUACAUUCUUAUAUUGAUAACAAUUUUAAAUUAAAUAUAAAGAAUGAAUUACAAUAUCUAAAUUUAUUUUAUCAUUUAAUAUAUAUAAGUAAAUAUACUCCAUUAAAUUUAUUUAUUUAUAAAAGCGUUCAGAAUAUUUUAUUAGAAUCUUUACAAAUAAUAUCAUUGUGUAAUUAUGAUAUAAUCUUUUAUUGUUUAGAAUUUAUUUUAUCUAGUCCUAAUUAUUUUUCUUUUUUUAUUCAGAAUAAAAUGGUUACAGAAAAUAAAGAAAAUAUAUUUUUAAAUUAUUCUUAUUAUAUAAAAAUAUAUUAUAAAAGGAUAUAUGAUAAAUAUAUUCGUAUAUAUAAAAAUAAAAGAAUCAUAAUCAAUAAUAUAUUAUCUAAUACUAAUAGUAAUCAAAACAAUACUAUCUUACAAAAUAAUAAUAAUAUGAUUAUAUUAUCAUCACAAACAAAAAAAAAUAGAAAUAAACUAAAAAAUAAACAAUCAUAUGAAAAUAAUAAAGGUAUACAUUUCUUAAAAUUUAUGUAUCAAUUACUAGAACAACAUAGAGAAGUAAUAUUAUUUCGAUAUAUUGUUGAAAAUAAAAAGUUUAUACAAUUAUUAUUAAAAAUUAUUUAUUUUAUAUUAUCUAUAUAUAGUUGUAAAAGAUAUAACAAUGUGAUAAAUGAAAGGUGUAAGAAUAUAUGUGUAAAAAUAUUGAAAGAAAUAUUGAACUACCAAGAAAAAAACAAAAAAGAAUCUAACACCAAUAUGAGUAAUACUAACAAUAAUAAUAAUAUUAAUAGUAGUAGCAGUAGUAGUUGUAUUAUUAUUGUUGAUCAAGUUAAUAACUUACAGACUUAUUUACAUUCCAUUUAUAAAAUAUAUCUUCUAUCCUUAAAAUUUGGUGUUACAGAAUAUUAUGAAUAUUUUGAAGGUAUGAACAUUUUUUUUAACAAUAUUAAGAACAAGCCUUUUGAUACUAUAAAAAAACAUGAAGAAAAAAAAAUUCUUGAUAUAUAUAUAAAUACCUAUUAUUUAUAUAUCUUAUUUUCAAAUAUAAACAAGUUUAAAGAAAAUAAAAUAUUUAUAGACGAGACGUUUUUAUUACUCUUCUUGAAUUGUUUAUUUAUAAAACGGUUGCAUGAUUUAAAAAAUGAAGGUAAUGAUAUCUUUGAAGGAAUAAAUAAAUAUUUUUGUUUAAAUAAUAACACACACAAUGAAUUCUUACAUUAUAUUAUUGAAAAGAAUAUGGAAAAAAACAGCAACACCAUCAAAGAUAAUAAAAAUAAUGAUCAUAAUGAUGUGAGUGAUGAUCAUAAUGAUUAUCGUUUGAGUGAUGAUCAAAAUGAUUAUCGUUUGAGUGAUGAUAAAAAUGAUUAUCGUUUUAGUAGUGAUAAAAAUGAUUAUCGUUUUAGUAGUGAUAAUCAUAAAAACUCCUCAAUUGAAGAGAAAAAAAACGAGUAUACGACUGAUAGGUUGAAUGAUAUCUUCUUUGAAGACGCUGAAUGUAUUAGUGAUAGUAGUUUAAAUAUUUCUGAUGAUGAAAUUGUUAGUAGUAUUUUUUGUGCUGAGACAUUAAAGAAAGAAAGAAUGAAUGAUAUAAAAAAGAAGAAGAAAAAGAAAAUGAAAAUGAAUGAAAAUGAAAAGUAUCAAAUUAAUUCACGUUUAGAUGGUAACAUAAAAGAUGAUAAUAAUGAUAAUGAUACAUACAAGAAUGUUAGUGAUAAUAAUAAUAAUAAUAAUGAUAAUAAUUUUAAGAGAAAGAAAAAUAUAUCGUUAUACUUUUUAAAAAAAAGUUUAAAAAAUCCAUUUUUAUUAAUAGAUGUGAAUAAAAAUAUUUUAGAUUUAUAUUCUUUUCUUUUAGAAAUGAAUUAUUUAAAAAUACUGUUGUCUAUGUUAAAUAUAUGUUUAUCAUCAGAAUAUUUUAUAUAUGACCAAGAUAUAUAUCAACAAUUUUUAUUAUUUAUAGAAAGUAAUAAUUUUAAUAUAUUUAAUGUUUUAAAGGAUAUAAAAAAUAUUGAUACCUUAAUUCAAAAAAAUAAAUUUUUAAAAAAAAACAAAAAAAAAGUAUAUAUAUUUUUCUUUUCAUUAUAUCUAAUAUUAUUGCUUAUAACAACAUAUCCCAAUGAAUCUAUAAUAAUAAUAAAUAAGAAUAAAUUAUAUAAUAUAAUUACAUUUAAUCAAAUAAUUUUUUCGAAUUUAAUAAUAAAUUAUCAGUUAAAUCAAUUAAAAAAUAUAUCAGCUAAAUAUGUUAACACCACAUAUUCAUAUGACCCUUCAUCAAAAAUAUUGUCUUUUAAAUAUAAAAUAAAAGAAGAUGAAAACGAACAGCUUGAAGAUAUGACUGCAAAACUUACUUUAACAUUCCUUCCGAAUUAUCCUUUUUCUCAUUUUAUUAUAAGCGACAAAAUAGAAUCAUUAGAUAAGAAGGCUUAUAUCCAUAAUUCCAUUAAAAGCAUGUAUAAAUAUUCAAGAAAUGGAGAUAUAAAUGAAAUAUUUAUAAAAUUUGAUAGCAUCAUGAAUAAUUAUUUUGCAAAUAAAGCACAAUGUAAUAUAUGCUUCAUGCUCUUAUAUGAUAAAAAGACAUGUGACAAAAAUUGUUUGAAAUGCAAUGCAUCUUAUCAUAGUCACUGCCUUCACAAGUGGUUUUUAACGUCGCAUAAUACUAAAUGCCCGUCAUGUCAAAUGCAAUUCAGUUGA